AGCAUACUUGGAUGUCAAUGAACUGAAGAACAUACUCAAACUCGAUGGAUCCACACACCUCAAUGUCUUCUUCGCUAAUUCCUCUGAGGAAGAGCUGGCUGGAGUGGCAACCUGGCCGUGGGACAAGGAAGCCUUGAUGCAUCUAGGUGGCAUCGUGCUGAACCCUUCCUUCUACGGCAUCCCUGGCCACACACACACAAUGAUCCAUGAAAUCGGGCACAGCCUGGGGCUCUAUCAUGUCUUCCGGGGAAUCUCUGAGAUCCUCUCCUGCAGUGACCCGUGCAUGGAAACCGAGCCUUCCUUUGAGACUGGAGACCUCUGCGGCGACACCAACCCUGCUCCAAAGCACAAACUGUGUGGGGACCCUGGACCUGGCAAUGACACGUGCGGUUUUCACAGUUUCCUAAACACACCGUACAGCAACUUCAUGAGCUAUGCAGACGACGACUGCACCAAUUCCUUCACGCCCAAUCAGAUGGCAAGAAUGCACUGCUACUUGGAUCUGGUGUACCAGAGCUGGCAGCCUGUCAAGAAGCCCGCUCCAAUUGCCAUUGCCCCGCAGAUCGUGGACCAAACUUCGAACUCCAUCGCUCUGGAGUGGUUUCCUCCCGUUGACGGUCAUUUCUUUGAAAGAGAAGUGGGAUCAGCAUGCGAUCUGUGUACAGAAGGAAGAGUCCUGGUGCAAUAUGCCUUCGGUGCCUCUUCACCAAUGCCAUGUGAUCCAUCUGGGCACUGGAGUCCACGGGAAGCAGAAG